AUCGACUUGUGAUCCAAGCAGCAACAAGCCAAUCUCCUCAAGAUGAAAUUCCUGAUCAUUGCCGUCGCCUUCUUGGCCUGCGCCUACGCCGAUGUUUCCGAGCUGUCAGCCGGUGGCUACGACUAUCCCCAGCCCGCUCCCCCGGCACCCGUGAAGAGCUACAUUCCCCCACCACCACCACCACCCCCACCAGCACCCAAGAACACCUACAUCCCACCGCCUGCGGCUCCGGCCAAGGCCUACAUCCCACCCCCACCACCACCACCACCGCCGGCGCCCAAGAACACCUACAUCCCGCCCGCGCCCGUGGCCGCUCCCGUGGAGACCUACAUCCCCCCCGCAGCCCCGGCCCCCGCCUAUCCCCCCGCCCCCGUCCAGCAGGAGGAGCCCGUCUUCGAGGAGAUCGAGCAGCCCGCCCAGGACGGAUACCGCUACAAGACCGUCCGCCGCCGCGUCUUCCGUCACCGCAACUAA